UUAACAUCACAACCAUUCGUAGAUCGUUCGUAAAAAGCUUUCUCGUCCUUUUCAUGAUAUUUCAGAAAACCCAAAGAUGGCUUUGAUACAAAACAAUGUAGCAGUGUUGCUGUUAUAUGUAGCGCUGAUUGAGAGCUGUGCAAGUGCACCCGAGAAUUGUACAAGGAAUAUAAAAUUUGUAUCGGAAGAUCUACGUCAGCUACGCAGGCUUGUUGGUGAAUGGGUGCUUAUCAAUUGCACAGUUAAUUACCAUGACAUUAAUGUUCAACUUUUGGAUGAAAACGAGAAGCCUUUACAUUUUGAGAACAAAAACAUUAAAAUUGUAGUAAAAAAUAUCUUCAAUGUGACAAAAGUAACACAAGACCACAAAGAGUACAUCUGCAAAGCUUGCAAUGAGAAAAGAACUAUACGUGUCAUCCCUCAAAAAGUGUGCCAUCCUAUGCGAAUCCUUCAAUUACGGUAGAACCAAAAAAAACUGAAUAUGAUCUUGGUGACAAUGUUUCGCUAGAUUGCAAUAUUGCUGAGCUUGCCAGACCCAAAAUUUACAUUGAAAACGACGCAGACGAGUUCUCACUUGGUGAAGGAAAGAAUUUGACGUUUACCUACAACGUUACGUCUUAUCCUGCUGCCGAUAUCUUUUGGUCGCGUUUGAAAUAUGAUGGAUCAACCUAUCGGUCACUAACAAGUUGUUCUGCGCAUGAAAAACACUGCAAAAAUCAUGACGGACAAGAAAAAAUUACAAGAAACAAGUUCGAAGUAAAGUCUGUCAGAUUCCCUGAUGACAGUUUAACCUAUCAGAUAAAUGCUAUCAAUAUAAAAGGAAAUGAAAUUAAGAAGAUUUCAAUAAAAAAACUAGUUGUACCUGAAAUUGACAUUAAAGACACAAAAAGAUUUUUAAAGAAAGGAUUUUCGGUCCUAAACUGUACGUUGAAGAAGAAAUUUGACCUACAAGAAGUAACCUUCAAAUGGUACAUGUGCCAAAAUUAUAUCUGUCAUGAUCAUAAAAACGAGAUGGAAUAUAUUUCAUCAAACUAUUCUUUAACAGUAAAGAAGGCAGGCAGGUAUCGCUGUACUGCCAACAAUAGCGGUGAAAUAGAUACAUCACCAAUAAUAACAGUUACAAAAGAAUCCAAACCAACAGAAGAAAAUGGAUAGAAGAAAACAAUGAUGAUGUUGGUCAUACCUAUAGGCGUCCUCACUCUUGUCAUUUUGCUCAUUACUUCUUAUGUAUUGUACAAAAGGAAGAAACUUUACGGUGGCCUUUAUCUUCUUUCUUAUCCUCCAUUUCCUGACUACAUUGAAAAGAUUGAUAUGAAUGGAGAUAUACACGAGCAAAUACAAAGUCUUCCAUUCAUACCAGAAUGGGAGUUUCCAAGAGAAAGAAUAAAAUUCAUAAAUGAACUUGGGUCUGGUGAAUUUGGGGUGGUUUGGCUUGCAGAAGCAGUCGGUAUCUCAGCAUUUCGUCCAAGGGAUAUCCUAAGAGAAAAAGGAAGUCGAAGAAGAUUUUCAUUUUUUAACAGAAUGGUCAAAAGAAACAGUUACGUGUACAGCAGAGAAGUUACUCAAGUUGCUGUGAAGAAAAUCAAAGAUGAUGGUGAUCGAAACAAACUCAUUGAUUUGCAGUCAGAGUUGAAAAUAUUGAUUCAUGUUGGCGAAAAUGAAAACAUUGUAAACAUAUUAGGAGCUUGUACAAAAGGUGAAAGAACAAGUUUGUGUAUUAUUACGGAGUUCUGUGAACACGGAAAUCUUCGUCAAUUUCUCCGUGACAGUCGAAACAGAUACAAUCAAGACAAGGAAUACCUGAUGAACGAUUUAUCACUAGAUUUUGGACCACAAAAUCUGAUUCAAUGGGCGUAUCAUAUCAUACAAGGCAUGGAAUUCUUAAUAUCCAGGAAGAUCAUUCACCGGGACCUGGCUGCUCGUAACAUUCUACUUGGUACAGGUUACAUAGCCAAAGUUGGAGACUUUGGCUUGGCAAGAGAUAUUUACAAGUAUCAAGUUUACACGAAGAACACACCGGGAUUACUUCCUUUGAAGUGGAUGGCAAUUGAAUCAAUCAAGGAUUCUGUUUACACGGAGAAGUCUGAUAUGUGGUCGUUUGGAGUAGUUUUAUUUGAACUGUUUACCCUAGGUGGGACACCGUAUCCCGGCUUACAUGUCAGUGAAGUAUAUGCCCAUUUGCUUAACGGAAAUCGAAUGGAGCCACCCAUCUACUGUCCUGACAUCAUGGUUGAUUUGAUGAACAAAUGUUGGAUUGAAAAUCCACAACUUCGUCCAACAUUUGAAGAAGCGAAAAAAAUGGUAGAAAAAAAUGUCCCGACAAUUUCAUCCUGUGAAAAAGUGAAGGAUUUGGAAAAUUAUGAACAAAAUCAGAACAUAUCGACAAAAAUGUCGCAGUCAGAAGCAGAAAUUAAAUUAUUCAAGGAAAGAAAAAUGGAAGAGACUCCAAUGGCUUAACCAAUGGCUUAAAUCCUUUUUUGACUUCACAUUCAUAAAGAUUGAAGUUGAGAAAAAUAUCGUUAGAUCGAUGACAAAUUGACUUAUAUAGACGAAGUCUUAGCAAUAUAGCCUAGAUACAUUACAAUUGUAUUGAACAAAAAAGAAUGAGCAUAUUUUAACGCUAGUGUGAUGUCCACACUUGUUAAAUAAGAUAUAUUUGAAAUCAAGUCUUUAUCCAAGCA